AUGCAUUCUGUUUCAUUGAUCACCGCUACACUCGCAUUAUUUGCAUCCACUGCCCUGGCCAACUUCUACGGUAACCAUUCGGUGGUUACCACUACUGAGAUUGUAACCGAUUAUACCACUUAUUGUCCAAUCGAAACCACAGUCACCAUCACUAGUUGUAAAGACCACCAAUGUACACCAACCGAAAUUGUUAUUCCAGAACCAACCACACUUACCGUUACUGGUGAGAUCUUGUGCUCAACAACGUAUACCUUGGGCCCAAGCGGAGCAACUGAGACUGAAACUGAGACUGAGACUACUCCAGAAAGUUACACUGUUACCGAGGAGACUGUUACUGAAUACACUACAUACUGUCCAGAGGCAACCACAUUUACAAUCACAAAGUGCACCAACGAGGUCUGUUCACCAUCACCAGUUACGGUGACUGAGCCAACUACUGUCACUUUAACUGGCGAGAUUGUGUGCCCUACAACCGUCCCAGCUCCUAAACCACCAGUCACUUAUACCAAGACUACACAAAGUGCAUCGGUUUCUGUUACCACUUAUACCGCAACCGGGUACACUACUUAUUGUCCUGAAUCAACCGUCUUGAUCUGGACCACUUGUCACGAACAGCAAUGCGCACCAUACACCUAUACUGCAAGCGGCGGCGAGACUGUGACAUACAGCAGUGAAAUCGUACUCACUACUGAACACUCUAGCAAUGUCGAAAUCACCUUGACAACUGUCUCAACACCAGAAGCACCAACUGCUUCUGCUCCUGCCCCAGCGCCUGCUCCUUCAGCAGAGGAACCAAUCGUUUCUGCCCCUGCCCCAGCACCUGCACCUGCACCUGCAACCGAAGGCACAACUGUUACUGCUCCUUCUCAACCUCCUGCAGGAGAAACUCCUGUUUCCGCACCUGCUCCUGCCCCCGCACCUGCUCCAGAAGCCACAACACCAACCACCGUUGAGGCUCAAUCAGAAUCACCUGCUGCUGUUAGUACUCCAGAAUCUCUUUCUGUUUUGGAAGGUUUCGCAAACACCAACAAAGCGGUUGGAUCCUCAAUUGUUUACUUUUUAGCAGCCGUCGCUGGAUUCUUACUCAACUAA